UACGGACGAGGCCAUGCGCUGAAUGAAUAUGACGUUGCUACGUUUCGUCAGAUUUUUGGCGCUGAAGUUGGAGCGCUGCUGUAUUAUCAUGUAAACAACAAGCUAUCCGUAUCAAGAAAAGCAACUGGUCCAAUUUCCGGAAAUGAGACUAUAGAAGCAAAGAAAGACCUAUUUGGGUUACCGCCAGGAGGUAAGUCUAUAGUCAUUUUGUCCUCAUGUUGUAUACUUCGACUUAGAGAGAAAUAA